GCUCCACAUCUGGAAAUGUUGAGAGGAGAGAAUCCCUCUCUUCAUCUGCUUUCGAGCUUGAGACGUGGUGCCUGCGUCACUCCUUUGAGAGGCGGGGCUUCACGGAGGUGUUUCCCGGCUUUAUAUAGAUACAGAGACCUUUCCAUCGCAAAGCAGUGCGUCACCAGAACCCCUGGAAACUAACAUGCAAGUCCAGAAUAGAAAAUAUAACGAGUUAGACAAACUGUAUUAAAAUAAUAUCCAUCCAUUUUUUUUUGCGUUGCUAUUGCAUGCGCUUUUAAGUGUUGUGUUUAUUGAAUCUUCUGAGCUUUCAAACCGUUUGUACAGUUCUCUCGUGACUGGAAUACACCACUAAUGCGGUAGAAGUGAACACUUUAUCAAAGAUAUCAGGACUCGUCUUUACAUUGGGAAAUAAAACGCUCGUCGGACGCUGUCGUGCGUUUUGGGAAAGUGCGUUGAACUUGCUGUGAGUUCACUCUACACUUCGCAAGCAUGAAAUCCGCAGAGGAAGAUGCAUACGGUUACGGCCAAAACUCCAGCAUCUCAUUACCUCUGAGCAACCCCUGCCCACCCUCCCAGUACCACAAUCUCCAGACCAGCGCCGCUUUGUCGAUAUCCAUCAGUCAGCCGUCCUCGUUCUCCCCUCAAAAUGACAUGAGCUCAGUGGGUUACUUCCAAACAUCCGGGACCCGGUCCAACGGCGCUCCCACGCUGGAGAGUCCACGCAUUGAGAUAACAGCUUACGGGCAGUUCCCAGAGGAUGAGGUGGAGGAGAACAGCGUUCCCGUGGCCAAGCGAGUCAAUUCCAUAGUGACAUUAACUUUACCAAGCGUCGACGGUUAUCGUGACCCCACAUGCCUCAGCCCGGCAAGCAGCGUGUCUUCCCGUAGCUGCCAUUCGGACGCGUCAUCGUACGAAUCAGGCUUUUCGUACAACUACGACAACUCGCCGCAGAACUCGCCCUGGCAGUCUCCCUGCGUCUCCCCGAAAGGUUCCUCAUCUCUGCAGUCCUGCACCCUCGGUGCUUCUCCACGCCAUUCUCCGUCUGGUUCUCCCCGAACCAGUAUCACUGAUGACAGCUGGGUGGGCACCCGAGGCUCGCGGCCGAAUUCUCCUUGUGGCGGUAAACGGAAGUACAGCUUCAACGGUGGCCAGUCGCACAAGUACCAUCCGUACUCUCCGAAUCAGUCCCCGGGGCCAUCACCACAAACUUCACCCCGUCUCAGCGUGACGGAGGACACCUGGUUGCCCAACACCAACCAAUACACCAACUCCGCCAUUGUCGCCGCCAUUAAUGCCCUCACCACAGAUGGAUUAACAGAUCUUGGGAAGGGGAUCCCUUUGAAGUCCCGCAAGACCAGUCUGGAGCACAGCGCCUCGAUGAACCUGAAAGUAGAACCAGGUGGAGAGGAGACAGGAUCCCUGGAGCUUUGCCAGGAGGACUUCUCCUCAGCACGUCUGCCCUUCAAAAAAGAGACCUACUGCAGUGGCUUCUUGGAUGUGCCCCAACACCCAUAUUGGUCCAAGCCUAAGCCUUACAUCAGUCCAUCGCUGCCUGCUCUCGAUUGGCAGCUGCCUUCCAGUUCAGGGCCGUACAGCCUGCAGAUUGAUGUCCAACCCAAGUCUCAUCACCGUGCUCACUACGAGACUGAAGGCAGCAGAGGGGCUGUAAAAGCACUAGCGGGAGGGCAUCCAGUGGUCCAGCUUCAUGGCUACAUGGAGAGUGAGCCUCUGACCCUACAGCUGUUCAUCGGGACAGCAGACGACCGUCUUCUCCGGCCUCAUGCCUUCUACCAGGUCCACCGUAUUACCGGGAAGACCGUGUCCACACCAAGCCACGAGGUCUUGCAGUCCAACACCAAAGUUCUCGAGAUUCCUCUGCUGCCCGAGAGCAACAUGAGGGCCAUAAUCGACUGCGCUGGAAUACUGAAGCUGCGUAACUCAGACAUCGAGCUCCGGAAAGGCGAGACGGACAUCGGACGGAAGAACACCCGUGUGAGGAUGGUCUUCCGUGUCCACAUCAACCAACCCAAUGGCAGGAUGGUGUCCUUACAGGUGGCAUCUAACCCCAUUGAGUGCUCCCAGCGUUCAGCACAGGAGCUGCCCCUCGUGGAUAAACAGAGCAUGGAAAGCUGUGCCGCCUCAGGGGGGGAACAGAUGCUUCUCAGCGGGCACAACUUCCAGCACGACUCCAAGGUGGUGUUUGUGGAGCGAGCACAAGAUGGCCAUCACAUAUGGGAAAUGGAGGCCAAAGUCAACAGAGAAUCAUCCAAAUCUGUGGCUUUGCUUGUGGAUGUCCCACCAUACCGGAACCAAAGAAUAUCCAACCCAGUUCAAGUGAAUUUCUAUGUGUGCAAUGGCAAACGGAAGAGAAGCCAGUACCAGCGUUUCACAUACCUGUCCACAAACGUUCCGACCAUAAAAACAGAGCCGCACGACGACUACGACCUCCCCCAGGUAUGUGCGCCUCUCCAUCCCGCCGGGUUGGCGCUGCAUCCGAAGCCCUACUACAGCCCCCCGGCGAUGACCCCCAUGAUGCCCUCCGAACUAAGGCCUUGUGUCACAGGCUCCUUCACACCCAGCCCUCAGAGACUGGUGGCUAAACCCACUUCCCUGUCCUGCUCGUCCUCCCCCAGCACCAGCCCCAAACUACAGGAUCUUUCCCCGCCUCACCUCUCCUCUAAGUGCCUAUCAGCGGGAUCAAACCUAGGCCCCCAGUCUCCAACGGUCCCACACGUCUCCACCAUCCAGCCCACACCCGGACGCUACCCGCAGUCCAUCCUCUACCCAACGGGAAGCUCCGCAUCCUCUCCAGGGUCCCAUCCUUCCACCCCAAACUCUGCACCAGAACUCCCCUUCACUCCCAGCCACAGUCUGACCCAAUCACAGGCCACCAGCGAGGCCUCUGCGUUAGCAGCUCAGAUAACCAAAGGACCGGUGAGGAGCGGGUCCUCUCCCCUCCUACAGGAGGAGGGAGACGCCCCCACCAUGCUGGCUGUCAGCAUCAAGCAGGAACCACAGGAACUGGAUCAAAUGUACCUAGAUGAUGUUAACGAAAUCAUCAGGAACGAUCUCUCCAGCAUCUCCGUUCAUAGCCACGCAUAGCAGCCUAAGGUCCCUCUGAGAAGACCACUGCAGUCAUGAACUCUUCAGCAUAGCCUACCAAAUUUCUGACAGAAGAUCUGAAUCAGCAAGACCUGACUCUGAUAACACCAAUUCAACAAACAAACCUUAUGCACUCAAGAGUUCCACUUCAUAUGAGGCCAUCAGAACUCACCAAACCUUGCUUGUUUUAUUUCCAUGGGGAGGGACUGAAAACCAGCCUAAAAGCACAGAAAAAAAAAACAAGUGCACUUCAUUUCAGAAUUUAUCAGCACAUCCUGCCGAGACGGAGCGUGUGCUGUUGUGGACCAAGUUGUUUCUCGUUUGCUUUCCUAUUUACUCUCUUGUACUCAAUGUACCUUUUUAAAUUAUUACCGUAAGUGCAGUUUGACUUCUUUUCUCUGUACACAACCAUGUAUAUUUCUAAAAAGAACAUUUGAGUCUGGUCACAAAUCAGUAACUUUGCAGGCCAAAACCAGACGUGCAGUUGAAGCAUGCACAGUUCUAAAUUAUAACCUAAACCUUUUUCUUUCUUUUUUUUGUUUUGGAUGCAUGCAUAUGUGAAUGCAGGUGUGCACGUCUGAGCGCACGCUUUUGUCUUAUUUGUGUUUUUGUAACAUUUCAUCAUCCAAUGGCACAAAUACGUGUGGUUAAAUGAAGUAUCUGUUCCUCAUGAAGAAGAAAACAUUGAUGACUGAUUGCUGUUGUGGAGACGUUUGUUUGAAUAUCAUUUUGAAGCCUUGACCUGUUUGUAAGCCCAAAUGGCCUUAUUGAUUUGCCUUAAGCUUAUGCCAAAUUGUUUUUUUUUCAUCAUUUGACAGCAGAUGUCUGUGCUUAUGUCUGAAUAGCCAUUCCAAUGUUUAUAGCUUUUGUAAUAUCAGGUAUGAUAUGUACUUGUUAACUGGAAUUUUUACAAAUAUAAUAGAAUAGAGUAGAAUAGAAUAGAAUUAUUUAUUUGGAGUGAGCUGGAAUUAAUCAAACACAAGCCAUAAGGGAUGUAUUGCAAUCCCAUUCCCUUUACGGUCACAUUUGGUAGCAACUUUGUGAUCAGAGAUUGACUGGACUGGCAUUUGUCAACCAUCCAAUAUUAUUCUAGCAAUUUUUCAAGGCAAGAUAAUGGUUUCGGAUUAGGCUGCGCUUUCUCAAACUGCCUCUGAACAGCUGAAUAUAUGUUACACUAUAACUGCCUCUAUGACCUGAUGGUUUACUGCACUGUGCCUUAAAGUGUUUAUCAAGCAGGAAUACUUUUAUAUGUAUUUGUCCACUCUAAUUAUAAACGUAAUGCAUGUUUCUCAGCAUAUAAUGAGAUUUUCAUACAGGGGGUUUUUACUGCCUGUACAUUGUAUCCUGUCUGUAGGUUGUUAGGUUAUGUAUGCACUUUAAUUUGUAUUUUUCUUUACUGGGAUCUCUGAAAUACCACAUAUUGUUUUUUGUUGUUGUUUGUUCUAGACAAUCAGACCUAACGUGAUAUAUUCUUCUGCAAGGUAUCAAUGACAACAACAAGUAUAUGUAUUCAAUUUACCCAUGCUAGUCACAUUUCUACGGUGCAUUUACAUUUCAGUACCAAAAUAUGCACAAUAAAUCAUGCUUUGUUGGCUCUUUUA